CAGUGCUAAGCGCUUAAUUCAUCUGGUCGUCUGCAAGGUGUCGUAAGUGCAUCGUGCAGCAGACAAUUCUGGCGGUCAUUAGUAUGUCUACCGAGUGGCUGUCUGACUUAAAAGAUCCACGGUUCUCCCUCUCCUCCUUUGAGUUGUUUCUGCAGACUUGUCCUCGCCAUAAUGUCUCUAUACGACCAUCUCACCAAGCUCAAUAAUGCCGCUUUUCCUGCUACAGACGUGAUCAAAUCACUGAUUGAUAUUCUAUCUCACGAACUAUGCGCUUCCAAUCUUCGACGAAGUUCUCAUACUUUUUGCGCUUUUAUCUCGAGGUCUCGAGACUUAUGUGACUAUAUCAAUUUCCUCAUCGGAAAAUCCAUCACCGAGGACGGCUGGACCAGUUAUGAUGAAUAUACUGCUAUGAUCGAACCUCUAGAAACCCUUCUUUUAUCUAUUUCCGAGGUUACAGAUACUUCUUGUGUCGAAAACUUGACAGAUACAGUCGAAAUAAGCGAGUGGAUCGACGGUGCAAUUUCAUGGAGCGUUGAUCGCCAGAAAGUCAAAGACUCCCUAUCCUCUGUCUGCUCCGGGAAAGCAUUCCAAUCGCUGGCACAAACCGUUACAUCGGAAGAUAUUGCACAUGCAGCGAAGCAUGACGAUAAUGUGUUCAUGGACAACCUGGUUCGAGCAUUGGAGCGCCGUCUAGCUGCAAACUGGAAGACCAAGUUCUCCGCUGACGGACACAAGCACCUUAUUUUGAUUCAAAAGGAACUACGAGGAAUUCGGUCCAAGUUUCAGAGCUGCCGGUUGGACGAACUUAUCGUUAUUGCAAUCAAGUCUGCUAUUCUUGUCAAUGGUUUGACCGAGGUUACCAUCAAUACGUCCUUAGCUCGGGUUCGGGAGCGUUUCGGAUCCUUUGCAGUGAUUUCCAAGGCGUAUGAGUUAAUUAAAUAUAUAUCCGUCAAUUUCGACCAAUCACACCUGUCUGAGAUGCAGGAGAAAUAUUCCAAUCUCGUCAUCCUUCUUAAUGAAAGUCUCGGUGAAGACUCUCCCGAAGACAUUGGAAUGCCCGAGAGCUUUCGGGAGCUUCGGAAGUUUCCUGGCCAAAUCAGGCCCCCCUACUACCUCCAGACCCUGAUCUUGGUGCAGUAUUGUAAUACUCUGGUUAGUCAUUACCGUACGACGAAGCCAAAGCCAUUACGAAAGCCUGUAGACGAUGCUCUUUCAGCUACUGUAACUGCUCUGCAAGGUGCCGCAAAGCUGGGAAGCCAGACCUCGAGUGGGUCAACCUUUGAUUUUGGAUCUAUGCAGUCUGGAGAGGUCACAAGCACCUAUCAAACUGCUACAACCACGAUCCAGUCCUCUUGCAGCUCUUACAAGAUCGAAUUUGAUGCCUCACGGAUGCAGACCGCGAAAGAGAAUGACAAGAAACGAUUACAGGCAUGGAAAAACAGGAUGAAGGCUAGGGAUCGAAAUGAAAGCAGAACGCAGCUCAGCAUCGUCGUCAAAUUCAAGGACGCAUCCGGAAGGACCUCGUCUGCCAGGUUUUCAGAUCUCACGAUUUCCGUCCUGUCAACUACAUCAUUGGACGUUAUCCUGUGGGAAAUAGUUUCUCGCAUGGAGCCUGGCAUGCGCGAUCGCGUUCGCAGUAACUCCCACUUUGAAACGGCAUCUCCUCGAGAGGUUCUGGAAUUGUCCGAUCCCGUAUCUAAAGUUGGACCGCGCAACUUGCAACUUAUUCUAGACGCCUGAUCAACUUGAGACAGCCACCUUACUUGUCAUGUACCAACGUUGUUUUCGAGGGUUUUCAUUUCUGACUCACUCAUUACAUAUGUUUUGCUCGGUCGCUUUUUUUGUUUCCCCUGGAGAGCGUCUUUACAAUAUACAUCUGUUCUCUCAAUCUAUGCUUGGACUGAUAUUUUGGAUCAAUUGUCUUUGCCGUCCCAUGUGCUGUUUCAUCUAAUCUUCGUUACAGUCAGUGCCUUGCAAAUAGGAACUCGGUGGAACAGGAUAGGUUGGUAGGUGGCAUUAAACAGGACAUCCGAUGCCUCUAAACGUUCAGCAUUUUUGAUCUGGUGAGUAAAAAAUCAUGGUUUCGAAGAUUGUACCUUCAU